AUGCCGAUUCCUCCUCCACCCCCUCCUCCUCCUGGUGGGCCUCCUCCACCUCCUACCUUUAGCCAGGCAAAUACAACCCCUCCCAAGUUGAGUCGAGAUGAAGCUAGAGGAAGAGGCGCGUUGCUCUCUGACAUCUGCAAAGGGGCCAAGCUGAAGAAAGUCACUGCCGUUAACGACAGGAGCGCACCUAUGAUCGAAAAGCCUAAAGGCAACAGUGGGGGCGGAGCCAGCAGUGGAGGAGGUGCAACUGGAGCCAUGCAGCCAAUGGGAGGGCUGUUCCAAGGUGGCGUUCCUAAGCUGCGACCUGUGGGAGAUGGCUCAGUGGGUCGGUCAGCGCUGCAGCCCCCUGGUUCCCGACCUGCCGCCCCACGCCCUCCUGGUCGCCAAGACGACUCCGACAGUCCGGCCCAGCAACCCUCUCCCCCUGAGCCCGGUCGUUCCCAGCGCCCGUCGCUCCCCGACUUGUCGCGCCCCUCUAGCGGAGGCAGCAGCCCCUCUAGCGGCAUGAAACACAGCUCUUCUGCACCCCCUCCUCCCCCGCCUGUGUCUCGCCGUGGAAACGCCCCGCCCGCUCCGCCCCAGAAAGCCGCCGCCACGGCCACCCCCUCGUACAACCGGGAGAAGCCCCUCCCACCGACUCCGGGUCAGAGAGGCCCCUCCCCCGCACCGACGCGCGAGAACGCGCCCCCACCGCCGGUCAAGCCUCCCCCCUCCCCCGUCAGCAACCGUUCCUCUUUGUCGUCUUCUUCCUCCUCCUCUCUGGCUCCGCCUCCGCCUCCCUACCGACAGCAGCUGGGGGUCUCCAACGGCCCGUCCAGUCCGGUGAACGAAGCCGCGCCAGAACUGCCCCAGAGGCACAACUCCCUCAGCAAGAAGACGUCUCCGGGCGGGCACACCCCGACUCGCGCCCACGCCCCACCGCCACCCCCCUCGCCCACCCCGCAGGCCGCCAGGCCUCCGCCCCCGGCACGGGACCCACCCGGCCGCGGAGCAGCCCCGCCGGUGCCCGGGCAGACGACGCGGAACGGGCGCGAAGCUCCUCCCCCGCCGCCUCCCUACCGGACUCACGGUAGCCCCGCCGACGCCCCCAGCCGAGGCAAGCCCCCUCCUCCCCCCUCCCGCACCCCAGCCGGACCCCCACCCCCACCCCCGCCUAUCCGAAACGGACACACCUCCAUCCCCCGUUCCUUCAUAGAUGAUUUUGAAUCCAAGUAUUCUUUCCAUCCUCUGGAUGACUUUCCCCCUCCAGAGGAGUACAGGCAUUUCACUAAAGUCUAUCCCAGCAAAGCCAACAGAGUGAUGAGGGGAGCACCUCCCCUUCCACCUGUUGGGAGAUGAAUCUCUGACUCGCUGUCACCUGUGCCGCGUGGGAGGCAAGGGUUACACA